AUGACUUUGGCAGGGAGCGGGAAAUUUUUGCCCAUCCUUGCGCUCGUCGCGCUUGCCGCGCUGGUCGUUCCGCAGGCCGCUUUUGGCGCGGGCGCCAUAAGCGAGGGGUUCGUCAUCGGCGAGGUGCUCGACGAGAGCUGGGGCUGGUUUAUUGUAGUGGGCCUCGGCGCCGUGUUCGCGGUCGUGAUCUCAAUGGAGAUCAAGAUCGAGGAAAAGUACCUCGGCGUCACCAAGACUUCUGAGUGGUUCAACACCGCAGGAAGGGUGAUCAAGACCGGACUCACCGCGGCGGCGAUCGUGUCAGCCUGGACAUGGGCCGCCACGCUGCUGCAGUCAUCGACGGUAGCCUACCAGUACGGAGUCAGUGGGCCAUUCUGGUACGCAGCCGGUGCGUCCAUACAGGUCCUCCUGUUUGGCAUACUGGCAAUAGAGCUGAAGCGCAAGGCACCACAUGCGCACACGUUUCUAGAGAUCAUUAGAGCACGAUACGGUGACGGUGCCCACCGUGUCUUUUUGAUAUUCGCGCUGAUGACCAACAUGAUAGUGACCGCAAUGCUGCUUCUCGGCGGCGCGGCAGUGGUCAACGGCCUGACGGGCAUGGACAUCUCCCUUGCGGCGUUUCUGAUCCCCCUGGGGGUGAUGAUCUACACGCUGGUGGGGGGGCUCAAGGCCACCUUUGUUGCCGACUACAUGCACACCAUAAUCAUAUUCUCCGUGAUACUGAUCUUUGUCGCCACGGUGUACUUUAUCAGCCCGGUGACCGGGGGCAUCGAGGGGAUGUACGACAAGCUGGUCGAGGCUGCGCGAAUCAAUCCCGUGGAGGGCAACGCGGCCGGAGCCUACCUGACCAUGGCAUCCGUGGGAGGCCUGAUAUUUGGGAUCAUAAACAUAGUUGGAAACUUUGGAACCGUGUUUGUGGACCAGGCGUACUGGCAGAGGGCGAUCGCGGCCCAGCCGACGUCCACCGUCAAGGGCUUCCUCCUGGGGGGCGCCUGCUGGUUUGCGAUCCCGUUCACGCUUGCAACCACCAUGGGGCUUACCGCGGUGGCGCUUGGGGUGGAUCUCACCCCGGAGCAGGUCCAGCUGGGCCUGACCGUUCCGGCAGCCGCGACCGUGCUGAUGGGCGAGGUCGGCGCCGUUUUGGUGCUCACUAUGCUGUUCAUGGCCGUGACGUCGGCGGGAUCCGCCGAGCUCAUCGCGGUGUCGUCGCUAAUCACGUACGACGUGUACCGGACGUACAAGAACCCCAACGCCACCGGCAAGCAGCUGCUGCGCGUCUCCCGGGUAACGAUCGUGGGAUUCGGGCUCGGGAUGGGGGGCCUUGCCGUCGUGCUGCUGGGGCUGGGACUGAGCCUGGGAUUCGUCUACCUGGCGAUGGGCGUCCUCAUCGGCUCCGCCGUGAUACCGAUUGCGCUGACCAUAAUCUGGAAGGGCACCAACAAGUACGCCGCCACCAUAGGGGCCAUUGCGGGCCUGGCAGUGGCGCUGACCACCUGGGCCGGCGUUGCCGCCUCGCUGCCCGAGUUUGGCGGCGUCGUGUCCCUUGCGAGCCUUGGCCACAACUUCUCGAUGCUCUUUGGCAACAUAGCCGGGAUACUGACCGGCGGCGCGAUCGCAGUCUUCGGGAGCCUGAUAAAGCGCUCAAGCUUCGACUGGAAGCUGAUGAAGGAGAGGAUAAAGCUGGUGGAGAUGUCCCAGAAGGAGAUAAGCAAGCUGGACCAGGACGAGGAGGUGCUCAAGAAGGCGUUCAGGUUCAGCCUCAAGGGAGGCGGGCUGAUGACCAUCGUGCUGAUAAUAAUCUGGCCCCUGCCGCUCUUCUUUGCCAACUACGUCUUUGACCUCAGCUUCUUCUCCCUGUGGACCGGGAUCGCCGUCUGCUGGAUAUCUGCCGCGACCUUCUUCAUAGUCGGCCUGCCGAUAAUCGAGGCAAGGAAGGGAAUCGGUUCGGUGCUGAAAGGUAAUAAACCAGUAAUCGAAGAAGAGUAG